AAUAGACGACAAUCUAAUAUUUCAUCUAUAAAAUUGAGUAAUAUAUCAUCAAACAUUAGACUUAAGAGUCACCCCAACGUUAAAAUAGUACAAAUUCCAAAUGUUGACCCCCAAGAAAAGUAAAUUUGCACAAAUCAUCCAUGUUUUAAGUUAAAAUAAAAUUUCGGUGGAUAUAUACAUACAAAAUUCAGUACCCAAACAGCAACAUCAACUUCUGCUGAUUCCUUCUUUGAUUCAGGAGUUAGUAUUUUCUUAAGGGGUGUGCUAAAGGCUGAGUGAACAAUUAUGUUGAACCAGAGGGAGUAUAAGCUACGUUGCUUGAAUUCUCCAAAAAUGCCACCGGGUGUAUAUAGGUUUCGUUGUGAUGAGUGAUGACUAGAGAACAAGUCGCCAUAUAGCCUGUUGCAAUUUGUAGUGAAUCAUAGAGGAAACAGAAGAAUAUAGAGAUGUUUUCAUUGUUUUAUGGACUAUACAAAUACAUGUUUAGCAAGACAGAGUUUCAUGUCCUUAUUCUUGGAAUUGACAAGGCUGGGAAAACGACAUUGUUAGAGAAAUUAAAGUCACAAUACUCAAACUUGGAAGGCCUGCCACCAGAUCGUAUUGUUCCAACUGUGGGGCUCAAUAUUGGUCGUGUUGAAGCAUCAAAUUCAAAGCUUGUGUUUUGGGAUUUAGGAGGUCAGCCUGGUCUUCGCUCGAUCUGGGAGAAGUAUUAUGAAGAGGCACAUGCUGUGAUAUUUGUUGUUGAUGCUGCUUGUCCAUCACGCUUUGAGGACUCCAAAUCUGCACUUGAAAAAGCUCUCCGGCAUGAGGAUCUGCAAGGAGCACCACUUCUGAUAUUAGCAAACAAGCAGGACCUUGCAGAUGCUGUAUCAGCGGAAGAACUUGCUCGGUAUCUGGAUCUCAAGAAACUCGAUGAGAGAGCUUACACCUUUCUAGCUGUUUCAGCCUAUGAUGGGUUAGGAAUUAAGGAAAGUGUGAAUUGGCUCGUAGAUGUAAUGGAGAGGAGUAAGAGAACUGAAAUGUUGCAAAUCCGAGCAGGGGCAAACCUUAGUUCUACUUAGAAGGAUUCCUCCAUAUCGCAAUAAUUAUUACCAUACCAUUCCUGUAACUUUUGUAAGUAAAUCAGGCUCACAUUUUAAUCCCUUGUUACCUGAUAUUGGAAUUUCGCCAGUGAUACGUGUAAAAUGUGCUGUUAACCUCCACACUGCAACAAUGGGUGAAGUUUACCUUCAAAUUCUGCUUCCUCCUUAUAAAGUCUCUGAUUCUCACCGUCGAUGACUUGUAUCGCUUUUCAUUCUGAAUGGAAACCAGUUUAUCCACUACAUUCAUAUGAUACCGAUGGGUGAGAUGGAGCAUGUGGCAAGAUAUUUCUUUUAUUUGACAAUGUCAAGAACAAUAUAAGAGUAAGAUUUCUGACUA